CAUAUCAAAUCUCAGCUUUGCUUGCCGUAUGAUAUAUACAUAUAUGUAUAGAUAUAUUUCCCGUUUAGUCGUCAAAGAAUUCUUGAAUCAAUUUUUACUUAUCGAAACUAAAUUUCUUCUAUGUUGCGUUUGGUACAGACUAUCUAGGCAGGUAUUUGAGGAUUCAUAGGUCCAGAAAACCAAAUUCUGGACCUGGCUUUACCAGCAUAUUUGACCUAUUGAUAUUAUUGCAAUAUAGUUUAGGUGCUGAAUUUCUGCUACAUCUUUAUCACGAGUUCCAGCUUGGAAGAUAUGGAAUGAGAGAUAGAGAAGAGAAUUUAUAUAUAAGUUAUGUAUUUGAAAAGGUAAAGAAUUUUGUAAUUAGAGGCAUGAGAAUGGACGAGUCAUCGCAUAUAACUCAGAUAAAGCUGUGGGCGCUCGGGGCGAGUACCAUGUUGCUGCUGUUGUGGGCUGGUAUAGUUCAAUUGACGACAAUGGGAGAAAGCUUGGGGUUGGGAGCAUUCAAGUAUAGAACUUUUUAUUCUUUUCCCCCUGAAAGAGGUUAUGCCAACAAAGGAUACUUAAUGGUUUCAUCUAAUGGAGGAUUGAAUCAAAUGCGAUCUGGUAUAUGCGACAUGGUUGUUGUUGCAAGGUACAUGAAUGUCACAUUUGUAGUUCCUGAGUUAGACAGAAACUCCUUUUGGAAUGAUCAGAGCAACAAAUUCCAAGACAUAUUCGAUGUGGAUUACUUCAUCAAUUCACUGAGAGAUGAGGUUGUGAUAAUCAAAGAUCUACCUUUCCGGCUGAAGAGAAAAAUUUCCAGACUCGGCGUUCAUUCCAUGGCACCUGUUAGCUGGUCUAACAUCUCUUAUUACUACAAUACGGUUCUUCCUCGGAUAGAAACAUAUGGAUUGGUGCAUCUGGCAAAAACAGAUGCUAGGCUUGCAAAUAAUGGACUGCCUCAGGAGGUUCAGAAGCUUCGUUGUCGAGUUAACUACGAGGCCUUGAGAUUCACAACGCCAAUCGAGGAAUUGGGGAAGAAGAUUGUUAGAAUUUUAAGGGAAAAAGGGCCUUUCACGGUUCUUCAUCUUCGAUAUGAGAAAGACAUGUUAGCAUUCUCUGGCUGCACUGAAGGUUGCUCCCACCACCAGGCCGAAGAACUCAAACACCUAAGAUACAAUAUCUCCUGGUGGAAGGAAAAGGAAAUUGAUGAGAAGGAAAAAAGGAAAGUUGGUCUAUGUCCGUUAACUCCCGAAGAAACUGCACUGGUUUUACGGGCAUUUGACUUCACUCCUGAUAUGCAAAUUUACAUUGCCGCUGGAGAUAUUUAUGGGGGAGAAACCAGAUUAAAUGCUCUGAGAAACUCUUUUCCCAAUCUGGUUAAGAAGGAAACGUUACUUCCAGCCUCAGACUUGAAGCCAUUCCAGAGCCAUUCCAACCAGAUGGCAGCUCUGGACUACUUCGUAUCCUUAGCAAGUGAUAUUUUUGUUAUGACUUAUCAAGGCCACAUGGCUAAGCUCGUUGAAGGCCAUAGAAGAUACUUGGGUUACAAGAUGACAAUAAACGUGGACAAGAAGGUGGUGGUGAAAUUAAUAGAUGAGUACAGAAAUGGAACAAUGAAGUGGAAUGAAUUUUGCAGGGCAGUGAAGGUAGCUCAUGCAAAUAGAAUCGGAAGUCCAACUGAGAGACUCAAGAUUCCUGGAAAACCCAAGUUAGAGGAUUACUUCUACACCAAUCCACAGGAAUGUUUGCCUCAAAUCAAAAGCAACCCAGAUUAAAAUUGCUACUUAAUUUUGAUCUAUUUAUUUAUUUUUUACUCUA